GCGUGUGUGUGCGUGUGUGUGCGUGCGUGUGUGUGUGUGUGUGCGUGUGUGUGUGUGUGUGUGUGUGUGUGUGUGCACGCGCUCUGGAGCUGGCGCGAGCUGGUCCGCGGCGGCAGACUGAGCGCUCGUGAGAUUUCAGAUUUGACCCAACAUGUAGGAGGGCGCUCGAGCUCCAUCCUUCUCUCUCCUCUUCUCGCGCACGGAGCGGAACGGGACGCACGUAGACCCGGUGAAACCGUCACGCGGAUCGGAUCCGUGGAAUCUGUUCCACAGCAUCCUCCCGGCAGAGCGCGAGGAGCGGUCGGUGGUCGGUGUGGCACCGGGCGGAGGGACACAGAGGCGGGACGCUGUGCGCUGGACCUCCUGGCCGAAUCGGAGCAUCCCCCCACGGUCCCCCCGGGCAGCAGCAUCCCGUCCCUCCGCGCCUCAGCUCCAGCGGGAGGCCCGGCCCCGGAGCGGCGGCAGGAUGUAGCAGCGGAUUAACGGAGGAGAGAGGGGCGCUCAGAGGAAGAGAGCGGGACCAGGGAGCGGGACUGCGGCGGGACGGAGGGGACAUGGGGAAGGACCAGGAGCUGCUCCAGGCCGUGAAGACCGAGGACUUGCUGACAGCACAGCGGCUCCUACAGAGACCACGGCCGGGGAAAGCCAAGCUCCUUGGAGCAGCAAAGAGGGUGAAUGUCAAUAUCCAGGAUGCAGAUGGGUUGUCACCGCUGCACCAUGCUGCUCUGAGCGGCAACAAGGAGCUGAUCUCUUUGCUGCUGGAGGCCCAGGCUGCAGUGGAUAUUAAAGACAAUAAAGGGAUGCGUCCUCUGCAUUACGCUGCGUGGCAGGGGAAGACUGAACCAAUGAAAAUGCUGCUGAAAUCCGGGUCGUCAGUCAACGGACAGUCAGAUGAAGGACAGAUCCCUCUCCACCUGUCAGCUCAGCAUGGACACUAUGAUGGGUCGGAGAUGUUGCUGCAACACCAGUCCAACCCGUGUAUCUCAGAUGCAGCUGGGAAAACACCAUUGGACCUCGCCUGUGAAUUUGGACGUGUUGGAGUGGUGCAGCUCCUGCUCAGCAGUAACAUGUGUGCAGCCAUGCUAGAACCGAAACCCUCCGACCCCAACGGAGUGUCACCUCUGCAUCUCGCUGCCAAGAACGGACAUAUUGAUGUCAUACGGUUGCUGAUUCAGGCGGGUAUAGAUAUCAACAGACAGUCUGAGUCUGGCACAGCGCUACAUCAGGCUGCCCUCUGUGGGAAGACGGAGGUAGUACGCCUGCUGCUGGAUAGCGGCAUCAGUGCAGGAGUGAGAAACACUCUGAGUCAAACCGCGCUGGACAUCGUGAACCAGUUCACCACCACACAGGCCAGCCGAGAGAUCAAGCAACUACUGAGAGAUGCUUCAGCUGCAAUGCAAGUGCGAGCACUGAAGGAUUACUGCAACAACUACGACCUAACCAGCCUCAACAUUAAAGCCGGAGAUAUUAUCACGGUUCUGGAGCAGCACUCUGACGGGCGGUGGAAGGGCUGUAUUCACGACAACCGCACAGGAAACGAUCGCGUGGGCUACUUUCCCUCCAACAUGGUGGAAGUCAUCAAGAGGGCAGGCCACUCCCCCUCCCUGCAGUGCCACACCCUCCUGCUCCGCAGGCCCAACCCCUGUCCCAUUGCCUCGAUCAACGGACACUCAUACCCCCCCACCAAAGUUCUCCCCCUGCAUCUGCCCUCCCCUCCCAUCCCUCACACCAACACACAGUCCCCCCCUCGGUUCUCCUCCUUCGGGUACGUUCCUCUUCCCAUCUCUCCUCCUUCUCUGUCCUCUCCUCAACUGUCCAUUCCUCCUCCUCCUCCUCCUCCUCCUCCUCCUCCUCCUCCUCCUCUCUCCACUUCUCAGGAGCAGCAGAGUCAGACAGGUUCGCGGACUGCAGAGCCAAGUCCUCAAGGUUCUCCAACCCUGGGACACCAGAGCAGCACCAGUGAGGAUAUCUGGGUGCUGCGUAAACCUCUGGCAGGUGGCGAGCGCAGUGGCAGCGUGGGCAGUCUCGGCAGUAUCCGGUCAUCAACCAGCUUGCAGAGCUCUGGAAACACACACGUUCUCACCACCCCUGCACCGAGUCCACAUCCCUGCACCCAGUCGACAACAGGAGUCAACACACACGGCCUUAACGCUCCGGGCCUGCACGCACAGGCUGAGGGCGUAAAGCUCCUGGCCACUGUGCUUGCCCAGUCGGUUAAAGCCAAGGAGCAUCUCCUGGAGCAGUCGCAGUCUGUUGAGCAGUCAGCGAGCUCUUCCAGCUGCACAGUUCUUGAACAGCGGCCGUUUGAGCGGAAGGCAGAGGAGGAUGAUGGGAAAAAGCAGGCAGUAGUGGCGUGGCUGGGUGAGUUUCAGCUGCAGUUCUACACCACCCACUUCCUCACCGCGGGAUAUGAUCUAGACACCAUUAGCCGCAUGACCCCCGAGGACCUGACGGCGAUUGGGGUCAUGAAGCCUGGACAUCGGAAAAAGUUAACGUCAGAGAUCAGCAAGGUGCCGUCUACGGACUGGCUGCCGGACCACAAGCCUGCCAAUCUGGCAGAGUGGCUGUCUCACCUGGGUCUCAGUCAGUACUACCAGGUUCUGGUGCAGAAUGGAUAUGAAAACACUGACUUCAUCUCUGACAUCAGCCUUGAAGAUCUGCAGGAGAUCGGCAUCACUAAGCUCGGCCAUCAGAAGAAGCUGAUGUUGGGAGUGAGGAGACUGAAGGAGCUGCAGAAAGGAGUAAGUGCUUCUGAGCCUCCUCAGAGUCCCUCCACGCCUCCGACCAGCCCAGGUGGCAGCGGCAGCUCGGAGCCACGGAGGGAGACCAGGAAGCAGAGGGACGGGGCCCCGAGCCCACUGGCCAAACCUCGCCCAGGUCUCAAGCAAGCACAGACCCCUCCCCAAACUCCGACACAAACCCCACCACAGACCCCCCAACAUGCCCGGACCCAGCAGGCCUCCCCGAGGGCUCGGCCGCGCCCCUCCACCCAGGUGUCUGCGCUAGAUUCUUCAGUGCCGCUGCUUCGGCUGCCCAGCGAGGAGGAGGAGCGACGGAGAACUCACAGUCUCAUUGGCUCAGAAUCAGACUCUAGAUACGCCACCGUGUGCCGCAGCAGCUCCGCACGUACUGCUGCCUCCAAUGACGUCACGGUCAACCGCAGCCAAUCAUCUGUCACCCUCCGACCCCGUCGGAAAGGUAGGCCCCCAACGCCGCCUAAACGCUCCUGUUCUUCCAUUACCGGGGGUGACGGGGAAGGGGAGGAGCAGGGGGAGGGGCUGCUGGGGCUGCCAACCUAUCGAGAGCGGCGGGCCAGUGACUGCGGCAGCCUGGGAUCAGCUUUAAGAGCUCAGGAGUCAGGAGGCCUGGAGAGAUCAGAGGGGGCUUCUGGGAGUGUUCGCAGCCUGGCUGCCAUGCUGGAAACCUCCAUUGUUGGUGGAGCCAAAACCCUGCCGAAGAAUCUGGGAAGCGGCACCAACUACCUACAGGUGAGUCCGCCUGUACUCCGUCGCCAGGCACGCCUUGGAUCUGAGGAGGAUGAUGCCCUAAGCCGCCGCAGGACAAUCAGCGGACCAGAAGGUAUCCCUGGUGAUGAAGCUGACCUGUUACCACGGCAACCAGCCCAGCCGCGUCCAGAGCCCAGGCCCCGCUCCACCGUGGUCUCCUCAGCAUCAGAGAUCACAGACGGCACGGUGACACUCCGUAGGAAGCCGCAUCCCCCGGCAACAGAUUCUAAAGCGCCAGUAUCAGAGGCUACCACUGUAGUUAACAUGGCAACCGCGUCAGAAACCAUACGCAGGAGACCACGCAAGUCCGAGCAUAAGGAAAAUGCCGUUAAAAGCAAUAACCAAUCAGACUCUCCGAGCAGUCCCGUUGAUGGUAGCCGGAAAAAUGGAGGCGAGGUGCAGCAGAACGGCGGCGUGGUCCUGAGGCAGAGGCCCGUGUCUCAGGUCUCUGAUAGGACGGAGCCCAACAGUGAGAGCUGUGAGUGGAUGGAGGCCAGGAAGUCUCUUAAGCCAGCGGUCUCCCCCAAACCAGCCACAGUCGCACUGAGAAAGUCACAAGCUGAACCCCCAACACCAACACGCAGAGUCCCCAUACCCGGGCCUGAACACGCUGAGAAGGCACAGAGCCCUGAGCCGAAGCGAGCUCCUCCUCCUGUAUCUCCAAAGCCCCGCGGCCCCCCAACAGCACCCAAACCAGGCAAAGGAAUAGUAGCCUCAGCGACCAUGAGCCCGGGCUCUGCGGCCACCAGCCCCACCCCGGCCCCCAAACCCUCCUCUCCGCUCUCCGCUGCCCCGCUUCCGGCUCCCGACACCCCCUCCGGUUCAUCCCUCUCUCCAGGCCUCCCUCUUACAUCCCCCUCUCCGGCCCAGAGUCCCUCCACCCCGUCACCACACCCUGUCAAACCUCCCCGCUCCUCCAUCGCCGGGCUCUCCAUCGACUUGAUGGGAGUACAGGAGGAGGAGGAGAGGAAGAGGGAAGAGGAGAGGAAGAGGGAGGAGGAAGAGCGGAGCAGAGAGAGGGAGCUUAAGAGGUACAAAGAGCAGGAGGAGGAGAGGAAGAGAGCAGAGGAAGAGAGUCAGAGGGAGGUGGAGGAGACGCCCUUGAGGGAAGAAGGAGCGAGUGAGGAGGUGGAGAGUCAAGCGGAGGGAGCAGAGCAGGAGGAGGAGGGGGCGCAGCAUCGUUUGGAGGAGACCAGCGCCUCCUUGGCUGCAGCUCUUCAGGCUGUGGAGCAUAAAAUCAAAGAGGAGGAUGCACAAAAUGACUCCAACUCCAGCAAAAAGUCGUCAGUCUCCAUCUUGGACGACAUCGGCAGCAUGUUCGACGACUUGGCGGACCAACUGGAUGCAAUGCUCGACUGAUCCCCUGCCCGCGCCUCAUCUCCAACAAACCCUUCCCCCUCUCCCCCUCCUCCAUGUGUAGGUACAUCAAGACAGCAGCUCUCCCACGGCUCGAUGCUGGUGCUCCGAGAGCGUGUGUGUGUGUUUGAGAGCGUGUCCCUCUGGUGCGAGCGCUUCUCAUGUAGCCUUGUACAGUCAAACUGUGGAGGGAGUCCUCCUAACCUGGUGCAGUAGCUCUGUAGUUCGCCUCCCAGUGCGAGGAGGCCGCUCCCACACAACCUCUGACCUCUGCAGCCCAGUGAGCAGCCGCCGCCGCCGCCACCCUGGGCUCAGACGGCGGCGUGGACCGAGAAGCACAAUCAUUUUUCCUCAUCCUUUGAAACUCUACAGACUCUGGCUUAGGACAGAGACGCUAACUCAGUCAGACAGGGAGACAGGCAGAUAAGCAUAUUGCUUGCAAAAAAAUAAGCACAUAAACUGACAGACAGGCAGAUAGACAGACAGACAAUAUGCAUACAGAUGAGAAUUUUUAAAAAGCACAUGGAAGCAGACAGGCCGCUUUCUGAGUCUGUCUCACUCCUGCGAUGUCAACAGGAUGCAAUUUUCCAGACGAAUCGUAGCCUCUGUUUCUCUUCUGUGUGAGUGGAGGAUUGUGGGUAGCUGCACUUCCUGAGCUGUGUGUUGUCUCCGUUCAUGUUGCCGUUGUUGCUGUUGUCGUUAUCGUUGCUGUUGUUGUCGUUUAAAGAGUGUGUGCGUGUGUAUUUCCCUGCUGAUGCUCAUGUCAGUGUCCUCCCACUCGUACAGUAGUUGUACUCAUGAUCAGAGCGACAACAUAGAUGUGUGUCCAGGAAUUUUUGGUACACACACACACACAAGCAUAUACACACACACACACACACACACACACAUACAUAUUGAAUUUUUUGUAAUCUCGCUGGUGUUCUGUUGGUGUUUAGCUCCACCUAUGGAGGUUUGCUUGGAAAUGAAUACACACACACAUUACAAAGACUGACACACACACACACAUUACAAAAAAUGACACACAGACAUUACAAAGACUGACACAGACACAGACAUUACAAAGACUGACACACACACACACACAUACACACAUUACAAAGACUGAGACACACACACACACAUAACAAAAACUCACACACACACAUCCCAUACUGAAAUGCACACAUUUAUACAAGCACACUCAUGCGGUGUAUCCCUUUGUCCUGCUGCAGUGAACAGUGUUUUUAAAAAUUAAUCCUAUAUUUCAAUGCUUUCUAUAGUACAUCCAGUAUACAUACAUACAUAGAGUUUAUAAUAUAUCUGGGUAUUUGAGCUUUUAGAGCUCCCUCUAGUGUUGGUUAGUGAAACUGCCUCUAAUCUGCCCCCCUUCUGUCUCGUCCUCUUUCUUUUUAAUCUCCCUUUGUGUCCUGUCCGUUAACUCUGCAUCUUUCUGUGCCUUGGUAGUUUUCUUUCGUAUAUUCUAAAUAUAUUUUCUAAGUUUUCCCCUCCUAAAACCCUUUUCUCAGUUUCCUCACGAAACCCCUCGCUCCUUGUUUGUCUGUGUUGUAGCUUUAUAGUUUUGACUUGUAAGUCCCUCAGUAUAUGAUCAUUGAAUUCAGUCGCCCUGUCUGAAGUCCUCCUGUAGCCAUUGAGAAGCCAUGUUUGAGCCCAUGUAAGCCCCUCUGUGUGCUGUUAGAAGUCGGCUCUGCUCCUCCUCGGCUCCCCGGUUUCCAGUGGUCCCACAUGUAGGCCCGACAGUGGAUCGGCCACCGGUGUUCAUCCCAAUGAAGAGUCUACGUGUAUUUUUAUGCUCUUUGAAAACAAAGAUAUAUUUGAGAGACAGAUGGUUCUAUGUGAAUAAUAAUACAAAAUAAUAAUGAUAAUUAUAAUAAUGAUAAAUGGUAAUUCUAGACGUUGAAUCGAGGUGAUCUGAUUGAGCCUGUGCAUUUCUGGUUGAGUUCUGGAUGUGUUGUGACGGCUGUUGUGCCAUGGUUGGGUUUUAAGGUUGUGUUUCUGCUGUGGUGAUGAUGAUGCAUUCCUGUACAGCUGUGAUCAGAAUAAAUGUGUAAAUGAAACCUUGA